CUUCCCCUUUUCUGUCCUGCCCCGGGAGCUGGGCUUCUUCCCCUCAGUGCCUCGGAGGAGGGGACAGCGGCACCAUGGCCCCCAGCACGGCCGUCCGCCAGACUUGCUGCUGCUUCAACGUCCGCAUCGCCACCACCGCCCUGGCCAUCUACCACGUGAUCAUGAGUGUCUUGCUGUUCAUCGAGCACUCCGUGGAGGUGGCCCACGGCAAAGCCGCUUGCAAAUUCUCCCGGACGGGCUACCUCAGGAUUGCUGACCUGAUCUCCAGCUUCCUGCUCAUCGCCAUGCUCUUUGUCAUCAGUGUGAGCCUGCUGGUCGGUGUGGUCAAGAACCGAGAGAAGUACCUGCUACCCUUCAUGUCCCUGCAAAUCAUGGACUACCUGCUGUGCCUGUUCACCUUGCUGGGCUCCUACGUGGAGCUGCCUGCCUACCUCAAGUUUGUUUCCCGGAGCCAGGCUAGCCCCUCCAAGGUCCCAGUGAUGACCCUGCAGCUGCUGGACUUCUGCCUGAGCAUCCUCACUCUCUGCAGCUCCUACAUGGAAGUGCCCACCUAUCUCAACUUCAAGUCCAUGAACCACAUGAAUUACCUCCCCAGCCAGGAGGGAAUGGCUUAUAACCAGUUCGUCAAGAUGAUGAUCAUCUUCUCCGUCGCCUUCAUCACCGUCCUCAUCCUGAAGGUCUACAUGUUCAAGUGCGUGUGGCGAUGCUACAAACUCAUCAAAUGCAUGAACUCGGCCGAGGAGAAGAGCAGCUCCAAGAUGCUGCCGAAGGUGGUCCUGCCGUCCUACGAGGAAGCUGUGUCUCUGCCCCCCAAGACGCCGCCCCCCUACUCCGAGGUGUGACGGCGCCAGGCCCAGUCCUGGCGCUGGGAGGGGCGGAGCUGCCUCGCAAUCCGCUCCUUCUUCGCUUUGGUGGCCCCUGUGCCUGGGAGAGCCACCCAGCCGACUUCGGGACAAUCUGCUUGUGUACCCCUCGCUGGCCUGCUGUUCCCGUGGGGCCUGGGAGAUGCUCACAAUGGGGUCAACCCUUUAGGCUAAAGGACUCCUUGGGUCUCUCAGAGAUUCGCUCUAACAACACUUGGCUUAUUUUGAUGUUUGUUUAAACAAGUGGUCAUUCUAAAUUCGUUGAGUUUGGUUAAAUAACUUUCAGCUUGACCAGCGUAACCAAGUGGCUGACGAAUGAAAACACACACACUUGUCAGUUCAGUAAAAUAAUUUGGUCAAACAGCAACAGUCUGUCGCACUGAUUUGUAAGUAGUCAGUUCACACAGCAAUUUCCUGAAGUAAUCAUCAAUUAGCCCCCCGCUGCCCCCCGCCCAAAUCCAUAUGUUCAAUUUCUUCAAAUAGCUUGCUUAAAUAAUGAUUGAGUCAGCUAACCCAGUCAAUUUAGGAUAGGGAAUAACUUCAAUAAUAAAAUGUCAGAUAAUCCAAUCCAAUCCAAUAACUGGCUGCCCACUCUGGCCAAUUCCGAGUGGCCGAAUAAUUGUUAAUUCAAAUGAAAAUUCAGACAGUUGCCAAACCAUCACUCAAUAGCUAGUGCCAGGAAACAGCAGUAACUUUGGUCAUCGGACAGUCCUUCGAACACACAUUGUUUUGCUUAAGAGUUGUCAUCGUCAACGAUCAGUCACACGUGGUCAGGGCAGACACACAGCAGUGGGCUCCGUGAAAUGGGUCGCCUCGACCACGGUCACCCCUAGUAACCAGCCACCAGUCCAUUCCUCAGCUCAGUCCCUCCAACGCCAAUCUGUUUGUAAGUGACCCGGUUCUGCCCGAUGCUUGUGGUCAAGCAGAAAUUCAGCCUCGAAAUCAGGCAAAUCCAUUUGUUGGACUAAACCCACAGGUUAGUUCAGUCAAAACAAGCAAACCCUUGUGGGUGCAGACCGUGCCAUGGGGGCUGGCGUUGGUGGUGCCGUAGGGAAGGUUUUGGCCCAACACCCCCUCUUUUGCUUGCUUCCCUGAGAACGGGGGUUCCCGAGGGAGCUGACCCAAAGGUGGAGAUUGGGCCACAGGGGCAGGCUCUCGGGGUGUGUUGGGGGGUGCAGAGGAGAGGGCGGUGCAAGAGGCUCUGCGCCAACACCUCACCAAAUUGCUUUGUGUGUGACUGGGAAGAAGUUCCAAUAAAGCAGCAACAUGCUUCUC